CUUGCCUUUUCAUCACUUAUAUAUAUAUAUAUGUGUGUGUGUGUGUGUGUGUGUGUGUGUAUUUAUCGAACAGAAGAUCAAGCACUGAUCAUAUACCAUAUUUCAUAAUAGAAAUGGUGAAACAAGGCCUUGGACUGGAUCUCACAGAGCUCAGGCUUGGCCCGCCGGGCGGCGCCCAAGUGGAGAAAAACGAGAAGAAGAGGAGGGUGUCCGGCGGCGAGAUGAAGAAUGAUGAAGUAGCUGUUGGGUGGCCGCCGGUGUGCUCGUACAGGAGGAAGAAGUGUUUUAACGGCGGCCGCGGCGAAACCAGAAAGGCUAAGGCUAAUCAUCAUUACGUAAAAGUGAGCGCGGACGGCGCUCCUUUUCUUCGGAAGAUCGAUCUGAGCAACCACAAAGGGUACUGUGAUCUCGCAAUGGCUCUUGGUAAGCUCUUCGGUUGCCAUGGAAUUGAGAAGGCGUUGAGGGAUGAAGGAGACAGCUCCGAAUACGUGGCCAUCUACGAAGACAAAGAUGGAGACUGGAUGCUUGUAGAAGACGACGUUCCAUGGCAGAUGUUCAGUGAAUCAUGCAGGAGGUUGAGGAUCAUGAAGAGAUCGGGGGCCAAGGGCAAAGCCUUAGCCUUUGCUAAGGGAGCCUCCAAAGAUGGAUAUAUAUGGAUAUAAUUAUCUUGAGAUAUAAUUGAUGCAUGCACAUGCAACUACGUACACUAAUAAUUAUUUGUCUUCUUCCUUACUUGUAUGUUCAGUAUUAUCAAUUUGAAGCUGUUUAAUUACAUGUAUGAAAAGAA